AUGAGUUCUAUUGGAACUGGGUACGAUCUUUCUGCUUCCCAAUUCUCGCCCGACGGUCGAGUUUUUCAAGUUGAAUAUGCAGCUAAAGCUGUAGAGAAUUCAGGUACAGUUAUAGGCCUCCGGGGUAAAGAUGGAGUUGUGUUUGCUGUCGAGAAGUUAGUUACGUCAAAGUUGUAUGAACCUGGUGCAAACAAAAGAAUCUUCCAUGUAGAUGAACAUGUUGGAAUGGCUGUAGCUGGUUUAAUUUCUGACGCCAGACAGAUGGUUGAAACAGCCCGAUCUGAAGCAUCUAAUUAUAGGUCUCAGUAUGGAAUCCCCGUCCCACUUAAAUAUUUGAAUGAGCGUGUCUCUAUGUAUAUGCAUGCUUACACAUUAUACAGUGCAGUCCGUCCUUAUGGAUGCUCUGUGGUUAUGGGUUCAUGGUCAGAGCACGAUGGGCCUCAGAUGUUUAUGCUAGAUCCCAGUGGUGUUUCAUUUUCCUACUUUGGGUGUGCAGUAGGAAAAGCAAAACAAGCAGCGAAGACUGAGAUUGAAAAGCUUAAGCUUGCUGACAUGACUGUUAAGGAAUUGGUAAAGGAAGCUGCUCGAAUUAUUUAUCUUGUACAUGAUGAAUUAAAAGACAAACAAUUUGAAUUGGAGCUCUCAUGGGUGUCAAAGGAUACUAAAGGCCGUCACCAAUUAGUACCUCGCGAUGUGGCUGCCGAAGCGGAGAACCACGCUAAGCAGUCGUUGGCAGACAUUGAAGACUCGGACGAGGGAGAAAUGUGA